AUGUCGGUAAAUGAUCGCUUUUCUCCAGACGGGUGGCCGCCCCAGCCGUACGACGGGGGUGAGGCAGAUGAUGCAAGUCUCUGCAGUUUAGAUUCCGGGAUGUCGAUGUCGUAUGAAUUGGGUCCAAAUGCCGAACGCGAGCUGAACUACCCAUCUGGGCUCACCUGGAAUCCAGGUCAUCCUUUCAACAGGUAUGGCCCGUCCGGAGCUGUCCCAGAUGGGCAUGCAAUCAACACCCAACUGUUUCCCCAGCACGUCCCAAUUUCUCGCCCACCCUACCCACCCUAUCCACCACCGGCCUAUGACCAGAUCUGCCCCUCGCUACUCGUUCCAGAAUCAGAUGAAUCAGAGAAUGAGCUAGAUCAGUGGCCUAAUGACGACCCACAGGUCAGAGCAGAAGAUCAGAACUACAGCAGCCUUCCUAAUUUUCUCCUCAAGGAGAAUCGCGAAUUACGCUGGGCAGAUAUUCAACUCCAGAGCGAGAUUAGAACAGGGCUCAACAGCCAGCGUGUCAUGCUCUCCCAGUUCUCGAGUACUGUCCAGAAGCAAAUGAGACAAACUCAAAAGUAUUGCGAAGCAAUCGAUAAGCACCUCAAGAUUCUGGAAAGCAGUAGUCAUGGCCGCCACAUCAGUGAUCAGGGCAGGAUCGAUGAGCUCCGCAGUCUCGUGAAGACAGUCAUGAAGGACCAAAUGAUGACCAGAAGACAUCAUCGUCGCCAUGUCUGGGCCCAGAAAUACACGGGCGGAGGCUCAUCGCCAGUUGAAGUAAGCUCGGCGUCGGAUAGUAAUCCCGUUCAGAUCAUCUUGACACCGCCUACGCCAAUCGUCUCCGCUGGGAAUUUUGACCGACGAGGGGAAGACACGUUCAAGGAGGUUCUUCCUGCGGUGUCUGAGGAGAAAGAAGUUGUACAGAAGACAGAUGGAUCUGACGAGAAAGAAGUUUAUGUUGUAGACGAGGGGCAUGAUGAGAAGGAGGUCUACAUACCCGCCGCGGAGAAGGAGGUUUAUGACCAUGGGCUAGAGAAGGAGGUCCACGACUUGAGGAUUCAUGAUGGACAUGAUGAGAAGCAAAUCUACGAUGCAAGCGGAGGUAUUGCUCAAGUGCAGCGUAUCCAUUCACCAGGAAAAGAAGUUAUUCCUCAAAUAAGUCACGAGGAUGACAAAGGUCUCUGCCAUCCAGAUGGCUCGGUCCAGUCUCUGUCAACCCAGAACCAAGAGAACGAAGCGUCCAUGGCUGCCCAGAAAUACGACAGCAACACGAAUGAGCGAAGAGAGAGUAUCUCAACCACUUCCACCGAAACAACAGAGAAGAAAGACAGCGCUGCUAGGGGUUACUACCAACGCCACGUUAACAAAUUGAAUCAAGCAGUCAACAAGAAGAAAAAGGCCUGGACAACCUUCACCAACAGUUCGACCACGGCUAUGACAGAGAAGGCCAGUCAAAUCGACAAGGGAUUCAAGGAUCGUUGCACGGCGUUCGAGAACGGUACUACAACUAAAUUGAAACAGCUUGAUAGAAGUAUCAGCGACAGUGUUGACCGAGCUGGGAAGAAUAUCAACACCAAGGUUGCGAACUGGAAGACGGGUAUAGGAAAUAUGAAGAGUCAGAGUAUGAGUAGUGUCAAGACCUUGGGAUCUCGAUGUCAGACUGGUACGAAGGAGGGGAAGAAAGAGGAGGAGGCACAGUGA